UUCAUGCGAAAUCGCUGGUGAUCUUGGAAGAGACGAGUGGCGGAAAGCCUUCUCUGUGCUUAUUGAUUAUCAGCAGAGGGAUAUUUUUUUAAAAUUUAUUACAUAUAUAAUUUUCCCUAUUUACUGUCAGUCGAGUUUAAAGAUGCUGCGCGUGAGAUCUGCCGUCUGUCAGUCAUGGAAGGGGUUCAAGACCUUUUCAUGUGCAGCUGUGGAGGUGAAAAAUGAACCCAUCCUCGGCUUUAAGGAGGGCAGUAAAGAGCGAGCCGAACUAUUGAAGGCAUUGCAAGACUUAAAGGGAAAGACAGAGGAGAUUCCAUGUGUGGUCGGAAAUGAAGAAGUCUGGACCAAAGAUAUCCGAUACCAGCUGUCUCCCUUCAACCACUCUCACAAAGUCUCCAAAUUCUGCUAUGCUGAUAAGGAGCUGCUAAAUAAAGCCAUUGAAGCAUCCAUAGCCGCACGCAGAGAAUGGGACCUCAAACCUGUAGCAGAUCGAGCCCAGAUCUUCUUCAAAGCCGCUGACAUCAUCAGCGGACCCAAAAGAGCAGAAGUUCUAGCCAAGACCAUGAUCGGACAGGGUAAGACUGUGAUUCAGGCUGAAAUCGAUGCCGCUGCAGAACUCAUUGACUUCUUCAGGUUCAACGCUAAACACGCAGUUGAGCUGGAAAACCAGCAGCCUUUAGAUGCAGAUGGAAGCACCAACACUAUGCUGUAUCGUGGACUGGAGGGGUUUGUAGCUGCUGUUGCACCAUUCAACUUCACAGCGAUUGGUGGAAAUCUGGCUGGGACUCCGACUCUAAUGGGUAAUGUGGUGUUGUGGAAACCCAGUGACACGGCCAUGUCCGCCAGUUACUCUGUUUAUAAGAUCCUAAGAGAGGCUGGACUGCCACCCAAUAUCAUCCAGUUUGUCCCGGCCGACGGUCCUGUGUUUGGAGACGCUAUCACCAGCUCUAAACACCUGGCUGGUGUAAACUUCACAGGCAGCGUCCCAACAUUUAAGCGCUUGUGGAAGCAGGUGGCCCAGAAUCUGGACAUCUACAGGAACUUCCCUCGUGUUGCUGGAGAAUGUGGCGGAAAGAACUUCCACUUCGUGCACAAGUCUGCGGAUGUUGGCAGCGUGGUGACCGGCACAAUCCGCUCAGCAUUUGAGUAUGGAGGACAGAAAUGCUCUGCGUGCUCCAGGAUGUACGUCCCAGACUCGCUGUGGCCGCGAAUCAAGCAGGAACUUCUGGCCAUACACAAACAGAUCAAACUGGGAAACCCGGUUGAAGAUUUCAGUACUUUCUUCUCAGCAGUUAUUGAUGACAAGUCCUUCGCUAGAAUUAAAGGAUGGCUGGACCACGCCAAAUCCUCUCCGCAUUUAAAGAUUAUUGCUGGAGGAAACUGUGACGACACAAAAGGAUAUUUCGUUGAACCCACCAUCAUUGAAACUACCGAUCCACAGGAGAAAAUCAUGAAUGAGGAGAUCUUUGGACCCGUCCUGACGGUUUAUGUUUACCCUGAAAACGACUACAAGAAGGUCUUAGACUUAAUAGACAACACGUCGCCUUAUGCCCUAACAGGAGCUGUCUUUGCUCAAGAUAAGGCUGUUAUCGAUGAGGCAGCGAAGGCUUUGAGAAACGCUGCUGGAAAUUAUUACGUCAAUGACAAAUCUACAGGCUCCGUUGUGGCCCAGCAGCCAUUUGGUGGCGCCAGAGCAUCAGGCACCAAUGACAAGCCCGGUGGUCCACACUACGUCCUCCGCUGGACGUCUCCACAGGUUGUCAAGCAGACCUAUGUUCCUCUUACUGAAUGGAAAUAUCCCUACAUGGGUUAAAAGACAGCGACUCUUCUCUUUCUCAUAUCCGUUAGUCAAGACUUUAAUCAAUCAAAUGCACAUCGUCUUCUUAUAUCCCAUCUUUGCCUGAGAGACUUGAGCCAAGUGUCCUGAAACUAAAGAGUGACACCUACUGGUGCUGCCCUGAACAUACAAACAUGAAAUGACUCCUAUAGGAAACCACCAGAGAUGAAAUCUCUGUGAAAUAUGAAUAUAGGCCUAAAUAAAGGACUGAACAUCUGCACAGCCACCAGAGGUCAUGGAUAUCACAGGACACUACUGUAAAUCCUAAGAAAUUAGAAGUUAUUGAUUUCAAAUAUGGAGUGCACUGAAUGGAUUUUUCUGCUCUUUAAUAUAUUUAACAUUUAUUUUAUUUUCAAAAUUUAAAUGAUCAUACAAAUAAAUAAAGAUUGUCUUUUUAUAGUUCUCUAGUAAUAAGAGAAAACAGCAACUAGAACUUUUAUCUGUUACAUCAAUGAGUGGUCAAAACAAUAUAUUGGUUUUCGCUUUUGCGAUACGCUGUCCUAAUUUACAGCAUUGUAAUAUAAUUUACAUCUAAUUAUGUAGACAAAUAAAAGAAUGUGUCUUCUGUUUUAAAAGAAAGAUGUCUGAUAUUAUUAAUACAGAUUUUGUUUAUUGAUCAUAAUGUGACCCUGACAGGUGAGAUGCUGGGGUAUUUUCAACCCAGCUGUGGGUCGAAAGGGAUGAACCCAAUACACUGGGUAUGUUGGGUUGUUUCAACCCAUUGUUGGGUCAAAUCUAAAAAAUUUCUGGGUUAUUUUAACUUCGCGACAGUAUUUUUUAAGUAAGUGUAUGGUUGUGGUUUGUAAAUCAUCAAUCCGAGAUAUUGAGGUAUUAACAGUUUUGUCACAAUAUCUUGCACUGCCGGUGCAGUCUAAUGUGCUUAAAUAAAGAGAUGGUGUGAAUCAAAAUCAAAUUUGUGAAAUUGCAUAUAAUAAUUAAAAUGAAAAUACAGUCUUGAACCAAUUUUAAAGCAGAACUUUAGCACUUAAUUUUCUAGCUGUUUAGUGCUAAAGAUGCCAACCCAAAAUGUGACCCUGGACCAAGUCAUAAGUACCACAGGUGUAUUUGUAGCAAUAGCCAACAAUACGUUGUAUGGGUCAAAAUUAUUUUUUUAAUGCCAAGAAUAAUUAGAAUACUACGUAAAGAUCAUGGGUUCGAACACAGGGAACACACAAACUGAUAAAAAUGUAUAACUUGUAAUGCACUGUAAGUCACUUUGAAUAAAGCAUCUGGCAAAUCCGUGAAUGUAAAUUGUAGGUAGUAUUAUUAAAGUGGACAUGAAAAUC